UUUCUCUUCCAGGCUUGCAAGAUUGAUCCUGCGAGGGAAAGGGGUUCGUCAUGGCGGAUGACCUAAAGCGAUUCCUGUAUAAGAAGUUACCAAGUGUUGAAGGACUCCAUGCUAUUGUUGUGUCGGAUAGAGAUGGAGUACCUGUUAUCAAAGUGGCUAAUGAUAAUGCUCCCGAACAUGCUUUGCGACCUGGUUUCCUCUCUACUUUUGCCCUUGCAACAGACCAAGGGAGCAAACUUGGACUUUCAAAGAAUAAAAGCAUCAUCUGUUACUAUAACACCUACCAGGUAGUUCAGUUCAAUCGUUUACCUCUUGUGGUGAGUUUCAUAGCCAGUAGCAAUGCCAACACAGAGGAAGAUCUUUAUUAUUUGGAACAAAGAACACUAAGGAAUAUAACUUUCACUCUGGUCAACUUAGGAGAAGGGCUAAUUGUCAGCCUAGAAAAGGAACUUGCUCCAUUGUUUGAAGAAUUGAUCAAAGUUGUGGAAGUUUCUUAAUCUUAUGAUGGUUUUGAUGUAUACCUUAUCUUGUUAUAAAAACAAGUCUAUCUAGCAAUCUUUAGACAACAGUAAUACUUUUCUCUGUAUGUAUGUAAGAAAGAACCCCUUUUUCCACCUUAUACUAAAGAAUCAGCCUGUAGGUGUAAUUUAUAGACAGAUCAGGUAUUACAUUUACUUUGUAAGGUCUUUUCUUUAGCAAGAUCUGGGGAUAAUAGGGAUAAUCUGAACUGGUUCAGUCUGUCACAGCUCCUGUGGAGUUAGUGCAGUCGCCACAUAUGGAUGGGAUCCUGUUCAGUGGAUCAGAAUCAAAAUGGUGCAUUGGUCCACAUGAGCCAGCGAGUGCUCUCUAUCAUUCAGGACUCCCAGACUGCAAGGGCACAACAGACCCUCUUAUUGUGAAUAAUAACAAGGACAUAUUUUUCUUCUGUUGUGUUUUAUUUGCACUGAGUAUGAGAAGAUAAAAUGGCUUAGUAAAAGUAAUAAAAAUCAGUACAAUCACUAACUUUAUAUAUAUUUACUUUGCAGUGUAGAUAUGUGUCACUAAUGAGUUUUUUCAGAGGGUGCUUCUCUUUAAUGAAAAGGAAAAUUAUAGCUUACUCUUUUCUUCCUACUCUGCUCUCUAUAACCAAUCAGUAUUUUAAUGAUUGUUCUUUAUAGAAUUUAAAUAUGACUUGUUACUGAAUCCUGUUUUCAGUAUGUAUAUAAAUGUGAUAGUUUUAGCCAUUUUUUCAUACAUGGGUAUAAAUAAAAUAGUAUUUUUAAAAAUA